UUUUAGAGUCAGUUUUCAAGGCACCACGCGAUACUCACGUAGCGGGCGUAAGAUUUCAAUUUAUUUUUUAAAAUUCUUCAAUUCUGCAACAAGAGAUAAAGCCUGAGCUAAAGCCGCUGCCAAAAUGAGCGAACUGAGUGCUGCAGAUAAACUCGACUAUGUGAAGUCAAAGAUUGGCGAAUAUGUUGACUUCCCAAAGAAGGGCAUUGUUUUCCGUGACAUAUUCGGCGCCCUCACCGAUGGCAAAGCAUGUGUUUAUCUGCGUGAUUUGCUGGCAAAGCACAUCCGCACCGUCCAUCCAGAUGUGGAGCUAAUAGUGGGUCUGGAUUCGCGUGGUUUUCUCUUUAAUCUGCUGCUGGCCACCGAGCUGGGCGUGGGCUGUGCACCCAUACGCAAGAAGGGCAAACUGGCGGGCGAGGUGGUCGCCGUAGAAUAUCAGCUGGAAUACGGUUCGGACACAUUUGAGCUGCAGCGCGCAGCAAUCAAGCCGGGCCAAAAGGUGGUCAUUGUCGAUGAUCUUUUGGCAACGGGUGGUUCACUGUUGGCUGCCACGGCGCUGGUACGCAAGUUGGGUGGCGUGGUGCUGGAAAGCUUGGUUGUCAUCGAGCUGGUGGCAUUGGAUGGCCGCAAGAAGCUGGACUGCGAUGUACAUUCCCUGAUAAAGUACUGAGCAGCACAUAUAUAACUACCAUAUAUGCAUUUAGCAACGAAAUAUUUUACCUCAAAAUAUCACCAAGUGAAUUUUUGUAAUACUUUAUGGAACUUGCAAUGAGCAUGUUUUAACUAAAUGGUUGUCGGAACAAACUAAAUUAGUGCAAAUAUAUGAUUUAAUAUUUU